GCAGUUCUCCCUUGACUUAGGCACACCUUUUCCUGCAAGUGCUUGUGUCUGAAAGUCCCCAGCAGCUUGGUCCCACCAGGCUGUCUGUCUAACCCCUGGGGCACUGGCUUCUCAGCCUGACCUAGUGUCCUGGCUUUGGCCCUCAGCAACUCUUAUCCUUGGUGCUCCCUAGACUCAGGUGGCCCAGGCCCAGACUCCCUGAAGGUGGGUCAGUGUCAGCCUGUGAGUGCCUCCAGCAUGGUGCUGGGUAAUCCCCAAAUCAGGUCACAUGCACUGCCCCAGACUGGUCAUAAGGCUACGGAUGAGAUCCUGGACACCCCCCUCGCCCGCCCCCCCGCACUCACCCUUCACGGACCCCAAGGAGGUUGUACCUUCUCAGACUCCACAGAUCUUGAGCUUCUGGAUGCUGAAUGGGGGUACUGUCCCCCAGCCCCAAGGCCUAAUGACAAGGUAUCCCUUGUACCAGCUGGGUGGCCCCCAGCUCCGAGUAUUUCGAACCAACUUCUUCAUUAAGCUGGUACGGCCUGGUGUGGCUCAGCCUGAAGACACGGUGCAGUUCCGGAUCCCCAUGGAGAUGACCAGGGUGGACCUCAGGAAUUAUCUUGAGCGCAUUUACAACGUACCUGUGGCUGCUGUGCGUACGCGGGUGCAGCACGCCUACCACAGCACAGCUCCCCAAGAGGAUCCCACUGCAACCCUCAGCAGCAGCGCACUGUGUUUCCUGGAAACCUCACCUCACCCCUUGGCUAGUGCCACCAGGUGCUCAUAUUCCAUUCCAUGCUGUGAGCCUGCCGACCUCGCUGACCUCCAGCCAGAGGUGGCAAAGCCAAGCACAUCUGUUUGGUUUUAGUGCCUUCCCAAGAAAGUGCCUAUCAAAUUCAUUUACAUUUUCAACAGAGAACAAAGUGUUAAAUUCAUUUUAAUGUUUUAAAAUCUUUUACUUUUGUUUUCAAAGGUUAUUUUUAUUUAAACAGACCCAUUUCGGUGGCACUGGCUGGUAGGUCUGAGCUGCUUCUGGUGCUUGGCCUCCUGUGACUUGGGGCAGCCACCAUACCUCCUGUCUGGAAAAUAGUUCUUGGGCUAGUGGGGCUGGAUCUGUGUUGGGACCUGGAAGUAAAGGU